AUGUCAAACCUGGCCUUGGCCCAAGGCAUCAUCGUCCUCAUAGGCGUCCUCGUCUACGCCCUCCUCUUCCGCAAAAAGUCCAAAUCUUCCCUCCCUCUACCCCCAGGCCCAACUCCCCUCCCCAUUCUCGGCAACAUCAAAGAUGCCCCGCCCCCCGGAGCGCCAGAAUACGAGUACUGGCUCACCUUCAAAGACAAAUACGGCCCCAUCAGCUCAAUCACCACGCUGGGCCAGACCAUAGUUCUCCUUCAUGAUGAGGACGUCAUCACCGAGGUCCUGGAAAAGGGCUCUAUGAAGACUGCCGGCCGACCUCGGUUUCCGUUCGCGGCCAUGUGUGGCUACGACAGGUUCUUUGCCCUGCUGCAGUACGGCGACCAGUUUCGUCUGUAUCGAAGAGUCGUCCACCAGCACUUUGGAACGAAGAGCCUCGUGGCUCAGUUCGCGGACAUCCAGGACGUUGAGUCGAAGCGUUUCCUGUGGCGUGUUCUAAAGGACCCUGAUAAUUUGUUCCAGCACAUCAAAACAGAGGCAGCCGCCAUCAUCCUACAGAUCACAUACGGCUACGAGAUCGAGCUCGACAAGCCUGAUCCGCUGGUGACCCUCAUCGAGCACGUCAUGACCAACUUCUCAGAGGCCACGGUUCCCUUCCAAUGGGCAGUCGACUUCAUUCCUGGCCUGGCCCGUCUGCCCGACUGGUUCCCCGGCACGGGCUUCAAGCGGAUCGCCCGUGAGCAGAGAGCCUUGCACGACGCCUCUGCGGAUGUUCCAUACAAUUUCGUCGUGAACCAGAUGAGCAACGGCACCAACCAGGAAUCGUUUGCCUCCAAGCUGAUUACUGCCUACCGAAAUCAGGGCAAAGAGGCAGAUGAUCAGAUCUUCGAGUAUAUCAAGUGGGUCACGUCGAACGUGUAUGGCGGUGGCGCGGACACGACCGUGUCGAGUCUCAUGUCGUUCGUCCUAGGCAUGGUUCUGCAUCCAGAAGUGCAACAGAAAGCCCAGGAGGAAAUAGACCGUGUCAUUGGCUCAGACCGUCUCCCCUCACACAGCGACCGAGAAAACCUCCCCUACGUCGACGGCAUAGCCACAGAAGACAUAAUCGUCCGGGGCUACCGCAUCCCAAAGGGCUCGUACAUCCUCCCCGGCUCAUGGUGGCUCCUGCACGACCCGAAGCGAUAUCCAGAGCCUCUGCGGUUCGCGCCCGAACGCUACAUGGAGCCUCGAAACGAGCCCGACCCUUCGUUCCAUGCCUUUGGCUACGGGCGACGUGUGUGUCCCGGCAGGUUUCUUGCGCAGGACAGCCUCUUCGUAACCAUCUCACGGACGUUGGCGGUGUUUACGAUUGGCAAGGCGGUGCGUGACGGGAAGCCGGUUGAUGUUGAGUGGAAGCAUACACCGGGCUUGAUAGAUCAUCCAGUCGAGUUUCCCUACAGCAUCGUUCCGAGGAGUGAAAAGCAUGCUGAGAUGAUUCGGAGGGUCGAGGUGGAUCAUCCCUGGAAAGGGGGCAGCAGUGGAGAGGCUCUCCAAGGCGUCGAGAUACUUGACAAAUUGAGAAAAUAG